CCCCUUUUUCUGACCGGGAACACCGGCAAAAACGCAAAGAAUUCUCCUUCUUUUUGUUCUAGGGUUGGAAGUGAACCCAGAAAUCCCCUCCCUUCUGCAGAUUUUCGGAAGUGCUCUGUCCUUUCCGCGAGUAGCUCUUACUGGUGGAGUGCUUCCUGGUUUUCUGGUAAGGGAACGAAUAAGAAUCAUCCCUUUAGCCUUAAUUCAAGUUGGGUUACUCUGAUUGUGUUGUGGGUUCUUGAAUUUUGAGGUUUGCUGUGAGUUCCUCCAAUUCUCUCCCUGUCGGCUUCCUUCCCAGCCGGGACCCGGUGCUGCUCGCCGGAGUUUCCUGGUACUGAUUAUUCUGCACUCUAGCACUUGGGAUUAGUGUUCUGUUGGUGUGAGUGAGGUAAGUAAAUUAUGGUAACGCCCUUCGAUUUUAAAGCAUGUUUUAAUUGUUUUUGAGAUGGUGGCGAGGUUUAAAGUGAUUUUAAAUUGAUUUAUUGCACUGAGCAUGAUUGGUUUGAAAUGGAAUUGUUUUGAUGUGUGUUGAGCAGAGCAUGCCUGUUUUGAAUUAGCUGAACUGUUUUGAUGAACUGGGAAUUUUGUAAAUACUAAGUUUCUGUUAAAUCCAGGUUCAUGUGAAAAUUGUGAUGAUUUUUAUGAAAGUUAUUGCUUUCUGGAACUGAGCAGGAUUGAAAUGGGAAUUUCAUUGUUUUCUGGGGUUGAGCAGGCCCACAUGAAAUUUCUGGUUAUUUUGUGAAUUUGGGAUUUGGAUUGUAAAUUCUACAUGGUUUUGGUCUCGGAUAUGGUCAUGAUUACUGACGCCCGCUAGUGGGAGCUGUAAACGCUAGCACAUGUCGACAUGUAUUUCUGUAGAACCGGUUCACCCUGCCAACGGGGUUAAACACUGGCACUACCUGACGCUUGCCAGUGGGAGUGUGUUAAACACUGGCACUAUUCCUGACGCCUACCAGUGGGAGUUUGUUAAACACUGGCCAUGACUUAUAGAUGAGACUACUGAUGAGUUUUAUUAUGCAUGAAUGGUUUAUCAUUGAAAGUUCUGUUACGUUUACAUGGUUUAUCUGGCAUGCUUAAAUUUUUACCAAGGGCUAUCCAUAGUUUACUUACUGAGAUAUUUUAUCUCACCUCGUUUUCCUUGUCCACCAUUUCAGGUAGUGAUACCCGACACAUAGGGAGCCGGGGGAGUGACGAGCUAGACGGCUAGGCGUUAUUUGGGACUUAGAUCUUUUGGAGUUAAGCUGCUAGUCUCACAUGGUUGAUAGAAAUAACCAUUUUUGUUUACAAAGUUCCCUUGGUUAUAGCCAUAACUGUUUACAAAUUUUGUAUGUCUGGAAUGGUAAAAUUUUGGUAAUGAAAAGUUAGAUUUUAC